AAACACAACCACCAUAAAGAAACUUCGAUUUUGACCCGAAGUAAAAUCGGGUCUAUUCAUCGGGUCUGUCUCAAAGAAAGAUCCUCCACAAAUAUUCUCUUCUUCUCUCCUCUUCCAAUGACACAUAUCUAAUUCCUUUUUUUACCACUGUAAGCAAUCUCACAGGUAAGAUACCCUCUUCUUCAAAGUAGCUUUUUUUUUUUCUCCUAUUAGAUCUGUCAGCAGAAGAUCAAUAAAAAAAAAAGAAUCAAUCUUUUUGCAUAUGCUGUGAAAAAAACUCAAAUCUUUUUCCUAUGGUGUGAAAAAAAUUCAAUCUUUUUGCCUAUGCUGUGAAAAAAACCCAAUCUUUUUGCCUAUGGUGUGAAAAAAAUUCAAUCUUUUUGCCUAUGCUGUGAAAAAAUGUCAAUCCUUUUGCCUAUGGUGUGAAGAAAAUUCAAUCUUUUUGCUUAUACUGUGAAAAAAAAAAAAAACAACAUUUCUGCCUAUGGUGUGAAAAAAAUUCAAUCUUUUUGCCUAUGCUGUGAAAAAAAAUCAUUCUUUUAGCAUAUGCUGUGGAAAAAAACUCAAUAUUUGACAUGUCAGUGGCUGGAGAGGCUGUAGAGCAUGUGAAUUUUCCAGCAAUGGCAACAAAGGACCGGUCUAAAUGUUGCAACCAGGUUAAGAAACCCGGUCCGGUUUCCUUGGACCAUGUUUUAUCAGCAUUAGGUGAGACCAAGGAAGAAAGGGAAUCAAGAAUUAGAAGUUUGUUUAGUUUUUUUGAUUCUGAUAAUGUGGGGUAUUUGGAUUACGCGAAAAUCGAAAAGGGUUUGUCUGCUAUGCAAAUUCCAUCAGAGUACAAGUUUGCUAAAGAAUUGUUGAAGGCUUGUGAUGCUAAUAAGGAUGGAAGGGUUGAUUAUCAGGAGUUUAGGAAAUAUAUGGAUGAUAAAGAAAUGGAACUGUAUAGGAUUUUUCAGGAUAUUGAUGUGGAGCAUAGUGGGUGUAUAUUGCCUGAGGAACUAUGGGAUGCUCUUGUAAAUGCUGGAAUAGAAUUAGAUGAUGAUGAACUUGCACGUUUUAUGGAACACGUGGACAAGGAUAAUAAUGGAAUUAUCACUUUUGAGGAAUGGAGAGAUUUUCUUCUACUCUAUCCACAUGAGGCCACCAUUGAGAACAUUUAUCAAUACUUGGAGAGGGUAUGUCUUGUAGAUAUUGGGGAGCAGGCAGUCAUUCCGGAAGGCAUCAGUAAGCAUGUUCAUGCAUCCAAAUACCUAAUUGCAGGGGGAGUUGCAGGAGCUGCUUCUCGUACUGCCACAGCACCUCUUGAUCGCCUUAAGGUCAUUUUACAAGUGCAAACGGCUCGUGCUUCAAUUGGUCCUGCAGUCAAAAAAAUAUGGAAGGAAGGUCGUUUAUUUGCGUUUUUCCGAGGAAAUGGGUUAAACGUGAUGAAGGUUGCACCUGAAAGUGCAAUUAAAUUUUACGCUUUUGAAACCUUGAAAACGGCUAUUGGUCAUGCCAAAGGUGAUGUAGACCAGAGAGACAUAGGAACUUCGGGGCGUCUUGUGGCUGGUGGAAUGGCUGGUGCAAUAGCACAGACUGCUAUCUAUCCCAUGGAUCUCGUUAAAACUCGGUUACAGACUUAUUCAUGUGAGAGUGGAAACGUUCCUAAUCUGCGAAACUUAUCAAAAGAUAUUUUGGUCAAGGAGGGACCUCGAGCAUUUUAUAGAGGAUUGGUACCAUCUCUACUUGGAAUCAUCCCUUAUGCAGGCAUUGAUUUAGCUGCAUAUGAAACUUUAAAGGAUUGGUCAAAGAUUCACAUUCUUCAUGAUAGUGAAGCCGGCCCUCUUGUGCAACUGGGCUGUGGGACAAUUUCAGGAUCCCUUGGAGCAACAUGUGUUUAUCCAUUGCAGGUUAUUCGGACCAGAAUGCAAGCUGAUUCUGAAUACAAAGGUAUGUCUGAUGUGUUCCGGAAAACGGUUCAGCGUGAAGGCUUCAGGGGAUUCUACAAAGGGCUUUUCCCAAAUCUUCUAAAAGUUGUGCCUGCAGCAAGCAUAACCUAUAUGGUGUACGAAUCAAUGAAAAAGAGUCUAGAUCUUGAUUAGCAGACAUAGAGUCAGCGACAGAUUAAGGUUCAAAGUGCUGAGGCUGAUGAAGAAGAAGAUGAUGAUGAUAAUGUGACAUUAAAUAAUAUUAUUUAGCUCAUUGGUGAUAUGAUUAUAAAAGUCAUACACUUGAUUUUUGACUUCCCAUUGGAUAUCGGCGGGGUUUAUAGUUAUAGAGUUUAUUUUUGUAGAUUCAACUGACAAGUGACUACGUUGGCAAUUGAGAAUAGUCCUCCUUUACAAUGUAUGUCGGAGUUGUAGGAAUGUCCUUUCUACACUUUUGCCAAGUAAAUGCAAAAUGAAUACAGUAAGGCACAGACCAUAAGGUUUUUGCUGUA